AUGCCUGCAAAUGGGCCGCCCAUGGCACAGAAUAAGAGACGCAUGCAUGAGUGCUGCGUUGUGCGUGACGCAGGCCGAUCGUGGGAAUACUUCGACAUACACGUUUUAACAUGCCGGGAGUACCACACGGCCGGGCUCCACGGCACCGCAGCAGCUCAGAAAGUACCACACGGUCGGGCUCCACGGCACCACAGCAACUCAGAAAGUACCACACGGCCGGGGUACACGGCACCGCAGCAACUCAGAAAGUACCACACGGUCGGGGGUACACGGCACCGCAGCAACUCAGAAAGUACCACACGGUCGGGGUACACAGCACCGCAGCAGCUCAGAAAGUACCACACAGUUGGGGGUGGUAAGUUUGAUGAGCCAUGUGCCGGCCUGGACUGUAGUGGAGGAUGCAGGUGCAACCCAGAGAAAGGCAGCAGGGGUCGCCCAGGAGCUCUGGGGCCAGUUGGUCCCGCCGGGCCAGAGGGACUCCCUGGGGGCCAGGGCCCUUUGGGGCCAAAGGGAGAGAAGGGUCACGUCGGGUUGAAGGGCCCGUCUGGCCCUAAAGGAGACAAGGGACCUAUGGGUGUGCCGGGGUUUCCAGGGACUGAUGGAGUACCAGGUCAUCCAGGUCAGGACGGCGGCAGAGGAUUGCCCGGUGUGGAUGGCUGUAACGGGACCAGGGGAGAUCCUGGGUUCCCCGGGUUUGGAACCGGAGGCCCUGGAAUCCCAGGACGCCCCGGGCCUUAUGGUCCAAAGGGUCAGAAAGGAGAGCCUGUCUUCAUCUCAGAUACUGGUUUCACGGGUCCUAGAGGUCCUGAAGGCCCAGCUGGUCCCUUCGGUCCGAGGGGCCCUGACGGAUACCCCGGUCCCCCAGGUCCUCCUGGUGCCCCAGGGCCCAUGGGGAGCCGUAGUGAUGGUUAUCAAGGCGAGAGAGGAGACAAGGGCGACGUGGGCUUGCCCGGCGACCCCGGCCAACCGAUGAUCAACGGCGUUGUGGAGUUUUUGGGUUUUCCCAAAGGAGACAAAGGGAUGCAGGGUGAACCUGGCUAUAAGGGAACUCGAGGCUUCCCUGGCAGACCUGGCCCACGUGGUCCGUUUGCCUAUCCGGGUGAAAUUGGUGAAAAGGGCAUUCCUGGAUAUCCAGGAGCACGGGGUCCACCUGGUUUUAACGGACCUCCUGGAUCUCCAGGACAACAAGGAUUCGCUGGAAAUCCAGGUUUCCCUGGUCAGCCAGGAUACUACGGACCUAAGGGAGAUCAGGGAGACACCGGCCCUCCUGGACCCCCUGCUUAUACUGAUGCUUCAGGUCUUUCUGUUCAAGGAUCAUCAGGUGACCCAGGCAAUGAUGGUUUACCUGGUGCCCCCGGCGACCAAGGCCCUCCAGGAUUCCCUGGAGCACCAGGCACUCCGGGUCCAAAGGGAGAGAGAGGUGACCCAGGGCGACAGACCCAGGGCCCUGAGGGACUUCCUGGUUCUCUUGGACUGCCAGGUCUCCCCGGUCCACCUGGACCACAGGGACCCCCUGGGGAGGCCGGCGACUGUGCCUGCCUAGGAGGAGACCCCAGAGGGGCCCAGGGUCCACCAGGACCCCCGGGGGCUGACGGGAGGCCAGGUUUCUUUGGAGCUAAGGGAGAACCCGGAGACUCUGGAGGGCCUGGCUUCGGGGGAGCCCAGGGGCCUCCUGGUCGCCCGGGUGAGCGAGGCUACUUCGGGCGUAAGGGCGAGAAAGGGGCAUCCUACUAUCCUAACCUGGGCAUAUCAGUGAAGGGGGAGCGGGGAAAUCCCGGACCCGGAGGACCCCCAGGUGAAAUGGGAAAACCUGGGCGAGACGGAUUGCCUGGCUUUCCUGGAUCUCUUGGACCUCCUGGUGAUGCCGGUUUCGGCACCUUUGGUGAGAAAGGUUUCCCAGGGUUCCCUGGCUCUAAGGGUCGUCCCGGUGCUGCCGGCGAGCCCGGUAUUGGGUAUGAUGGAGCCCCAGGUCUGCGUGGAGCCCCCGGAGAACCCGGUAUCAAUGGGUUGCCAGGACAACCUGGUUUGCCUGGACCAACAGGCCAAACGCUACCCUGUCGUAUACCUGGUGAAGACGGAGACCCCGGAUACCCUGGUUUACCCGGACCGCCAGGUCCUAAAGGUCAGUCAGGUUUCUCGGGAAGUCCUGGACGCCCAGGGUUCGAUGGCAUCAAGGGAGAUCGAGGAGACCCCGGCUUCGGAGGACAGCCCGGACCCCAAGGUUUUCCGGGACCCAGGGGGGACCCUGGAGCGCCGGGUCUCCCUGGUCAGAGCUUUGAUGGUGCCAGAGGAAAGGACGGCCUCCCUGGACUCCCAGGAGCCAAGGGGCAGCCUGGAGAUGUGCUGGGGGCCACACCUGGAUCCCCAGGACUGGACGGAUUACCAGGCGCCCCUGCGGACAAAGGCCUACCAGGCACCCCAGGAGGGCCAGGAUCACCAGGUUUUGAUGGGCGUUCCGGUGGUCCCGGGUUAAAAGGAGAGCGUGGUGUAGACGGGCGUCCCGGUAUUCCCGGUCUUCCAGGGCUCCCCAGCGGGCCAACCGGCGGUGUGCCUGGCCCGCGUGGAGCUCCUGGCAUCAAAGGACUGAGUGGACCACCAGGCUGCCAAGGUUACCCAGGCCGAAAGGGGCUCAGAGGAGAUCCAGGAUCUCCAGGGCCUGCUGGGAUGAAGGGAACCCCAGGAUUGCCCGGCACCCCUGGAUUGCCCGGGUCAAGGGGACCCCCUGGACCUCCAGGACCAGGAACCAGAGAGGGCAUCCCUGGAGUACCAGGGAGGAAGGGAGAGCGAGGUUUCCCUGGACUUUUGGGUUUCCCAGGUUCACCUGGUCGUCCUGGUGAACCUGGGCGCUUUGGUGGGAAAGGUUUGCCUGGAUCAAACGGACGAGACGGUGUGCCCGGAAGUCCGGGAUACACCGGACUAAAAGGUGAGAGAGGUUACCCAGGUCUUCCUGGCUUGCCCUCCCCCCCUCUUCCAUCCCUGUUCCUUGAGAAGGGAGACCCUGGAAACCCUGGAGAUGGUGGAUUGCCUGGAUUCCCUGGACCGAGAGGCGACAAGGGUUUCCCCGGUUCACCUGGUCGUCAGGGUCUGCCUGGACUUCCUGGUUUUGCUGAGCAGAGUAAAGGGCAGCCAGGACAGCCCGGCUACCCUGGACAACCAGGACCCCCAGGGUUCCCUGGACUAAAGGGAGAAUCUGGAAUUUAUGGAUUCCCGGGAAUGUCUGGACCAAGGGGUGAUGAUGGUGGACCUGGUCUCCCUGGAAACCCUGGGGAAGCUGGACGGCCUGGCGCCAAAGGUGUUAGAGGAGACACUUUUGCGUAUCCUGGAAGCCCAGGAGCUAAGGGCCAGCCAGGAGAUACAGGCUAUCCAGGUGGCCUUGGUAGCAACGGCGCCCCCGGUGACAACGGCUUCCCAGGAAGUUCGGGCUACCCUGGACCGAAGGGAGCUCCUGGAGACCCAGGCAGACCUGGGCUAAUGGGUUCCCCAGGUUUCCCUGGGACAAAAGGUCAGCCUGGGUACCCAGGAGCAAGAAGUCUCGAUGGGUCACCUGGUCAGCCUGGAGGCCCUGGAGUGCCUGGAACCAAAGGUUUGCCUGGAUCCCCUGGUUUGGAUGGACUAAAUGGUCUUGGUGGACCUAAAGGCGUACCUGGAACACCAGGCCAAAGUUCAGGAGGUCGGUUGGGGACGCCCGGCAUCCCAGGACAGAAGGGAGAGAGAGGCGUCUCCUACCAAGGAGGACUCGGUUUCCCUGGGGAGAAGGGGACCAGAGGAGAGCCAGGUGCUCCCGGACUCACGGGCUUCCCUGGCCUGCCUGGACCUCGUGGUGAGACUGUGGGAUCUGACAUUCCCGGGCCUAUGGGAGACCCUGGACUUCCGGGUCUGGAUGGAGAGUAUGGUGUCCGCGGUCCUUCUGGCCCCCCGGGACCCCCUGGCCCCGGCACUGCCCAGGGAGACAGAGGGGAUUCUGGGCUCCCAGGCUUCCCGGGCACCCCUGGCAGAAAAGGGGAUCCAGGAGGCCCUGGGGCCCCAGGAUACUCUGGCGGUCCAGGAUUUAAAGGAGAAAGUGGGGAGACUGGUUUUGGUGGCGCAUCUGGCCUUAAGGGUUUUCAAGGUGACCCUGGUUAUUAUGGAGGCAAAGGACCAAAAGGAUUCAGAGGCCCUGCCGGUCGUAAGGGCCAGCCUGGAAUCAUCAUCCCAACGGAGUUCCGUCAGCCCUUUGGGGAACAGGGCGGCCCCGGAACCAAUGGAGCCAGCGGCUCCCUCGGAGAGCCCGGACAGCCUGGAAUAUCCGGACGACCAGGUCCAAAGGGACGUCCCGGUGCUGUUGGUAAACUGGGUAGGAUGGGUUCUCCUGGCCUGCCUGGGCCCAUCGGAGACCCCGGACCCCCUGGGUUCCCUGGACCCACUGGGGAGCAAGGUUUUACUGGUAAGCCCGGUGCCCCCGGUGCCCCUGGCGGUGUCGGACGCAGUACCAGUAUCGGCUACACUCUGGUGAAGCACAGCCAGAACAACCAGGUCCCCAUGUGCCCUCAGGGCAUGGCCAAGCUGUGGGAUGGCUACAGUCUGCUGUAUGUGGAGGGACAGGAGAAGGCCCAUAACCAGGACCUGGGUCUAGCAGGCUCUUGCCUCCCCAGGUUCAGCACCAUACCUUUCCUCUACUGUUCCCCCAACGAGGUCUGCUAUUAUGCCAGCCGCAAUGACAAAUCCUAUUGGCUGUCCACCACGGCACCCAUCCCCAUGAUGCCUGUGAGCGAGGAGCAGAUACAACCCUACAUCAGCAGGUGUUCGGUGUGUGAGGCGCCAUCACAAGCCGUGGCGGUCCACAGCCAGGACAUGACUAUCCCUACCUGCCCUCCAGGCUGGAGGAGUCUCUGGAUCGGAUACUCUUUCCUGAUGCACACCGCCGCCGGGGCCGAGGGCGGGGGCCAGUCCCUGGUGUCCCCGGGCUCCUGCCUGGAGGACUUCCGUGCCACACCUUUCAUCGAGUGCAACGGUGCCAAGGGCCAAUGCCACUACUUUGCUAACAAGUACAGCUUUUGGCUAAUCACCGUGGACCCAAGGCAGGAGUUUGUUCACUCCCCACCGCAGGAGACCCUAAAGGAGGGCCAACAGCACUCCAGGGUCAGCCGCUGCCAAGUCUGCAGCAAGAUCUUGUAA